AUUUUGGGAAGGAGAAAGCUCACUCUGAGAUCCCAUAGGCAAGCCUCCUCCUUGCCCCUUCUUGUUUUCAGCCCUUGGGGGUGCUCCCACUGCCUUAGCCAAAGCAGAGUUCCCCAAUUCCUGAUAAAAACCAAUGGAGGGGAUUGGGUUGCUCUAACUUGAGGUGUUGUUUCUCUUUUUUCACUUAAUCCUCUCUUUUCCCAGGUUGAUAGCUUAGAACAUUGCCUUUGGCCUAGAAAAAAUGGCUAGAUAUGUGCUCUAUAAAUAGUGGUUAUCCCAUUACUCUGGCUGCAAUUUAAGUAUAUGAGGAAGGGUGUUUCUAUUUUUAUUUUACAUAUUGAUUUUUUUUUUUUUUUUCAAAAGAACCAUCAGAAGGUGGAUUCCUGAUCUGAAUACAUUUCCACUUGUAUUUUGAUUUCAUAUGGAAAUAUGAGUGAAUAAACCUAAAUGAAUCUGUUCUACAGUAAAACAACUUCAUGAUGAAGCACAAAUACGAAUUAGAAUAAAUAAGUGCUAAAGGUACAUUCCUCUUUCUCCUUCCCUACCUCCCACUCCCAGUUUUAAUGUAUUAAAUUAUCCAAGGUUCUGCUGGCCUAUCUUUUUUAUUAAUAUUAAUUUGGUCUCCGAUCACUUUCUAUAAUGUGAGAUCUUUUGACAUGUUAAUCUAAUUUAAUCUCUUUUGUUCCUUGAAAAUAAUUUUACAUCAAGAAUUUCAAAUAAAAAUGGGCAAUGACUAAAACCUGGAUUGCUUCCAAAUGUUUGAUUAGGUACCAACAUGGGUUGCCCCAACCAGGCCUCCAACCAGAAGUUGGAGGAAGACUUGCUUGCAGGUGUCCCUUUUUCCAUCCUGCCAUUAGAAAAGAGCUUCUGUGUAGGACUUCUGGAGAAUGUAGGGAGAAGUGAGGUUCUCUGAACCGUGUGUUGGGAUUGUCAGCCCGAGCAGGGUCUCCUCUUGUACCAGGACUCCUGCUUGAAAACAGAGAGUUCCAUCUCUGGACAGAGCUCCUUGAACACUCAAGAGAGGAUGCCCCCUUCAGGAUGGUUGCUCCAGGGUCCACCCACAUGUCAUCAAGUCAAGAGAAUAGAUGAUUGUCAUGAAGACAAGAGCUGGACUAUUGCCCAGACUGUCACCACUGAUGAUGGACAAGCCUCCAUGCCUUGGACCAGCCUGCCACUGUGCUGGAAACAUCCUUCGCUAGCCUCCACUACUAGCCUGGGUUCCUUCAGGACAUCACUGGGCUCCCUAGACCCCCGCCCAGCCAAUACAGGUUAUUUUGUGAGUUCACCCUCACCCUCAAGUGGACACUCAAGUGAAACUACUGUAGCCGCAGACAUGGCAGCUUCGUCACAUGGAGUUGAUGCUCAGUAUGUGCUUAUGAAAAUGAGCCCUAUCUUUUGAGGUUUAUGAAAAUGAAACCGGCCUGGACCCCGUGGUUUCAGAAAUAGGUAACGAAGUGCUACCUGGGCCGCCCGCCAGGCACCAGGCAGCUGUCAUUCCUUUGGCCUCCAGGAUGGACUACAGACUUUCUUACCCUCGGGACACGCCCCCCCCCCCCCCCCGACCAUCCCUUGGGCCUCAUGGGCCCCGCCUUUCCACGUGCCACCGCCCCCGGGUGUUAUUGGCUGUUCUGCCCUGAUGUCUUGUUUAUUAGCUCGUGACCAGGAGGUGGGUGAGGAGUUAUCGGCAUAUCUCUGAGUUCAUUGGUUCGCCAAUCCGUCAAUCAUAUGGUGCGGGCUUUCUUCAAUUUUCAUUGGCUAGCGAGUUCAGAGGAGGGAUUCGGCAGUCGCCCGGUAAUGGCGGAUGGUGGCGGCUGGCGGCCGCCGCGCCCCUGCGAGACCUACAGCGCUGAAUGGAAGCUCUGCCGCAGCGUGCGGCACUUCCUGCACCACUACUACGUCCACGGCGAGCGGCCAGCCUGCGAGCAGUGGCGGCGCGACCUGGCCAACUGCCGAGAGUGGGAGGAGCGCCGGAGCGCGGAGGCCCAGCAGUCCCUCUGUGAGAGUGAGCGUGCGAGAGUCCAGGCUGCACGGAAACACACCCUCGUGUGGGCCCUGAGGCAGAGCCCUCCUGCAGACUGGCACCUCCCUCUGCCACAGGAGGAGAAAGACCAGUGACGAGCACUCCUGAAUGGCUUCCCCUGAUCUAAGUGGGGCUAUCGCAGGACCCUAAGGACAGUGACUGGCCAAAAGAGUCUAGUCGGUCCCUGAGAGCUUCUACCGCCUAGAACACAGAGCCUGAGGUCUCCAGCCCUACUUGCGCACCUUCACCUGCAUUCAGACUGAACUGAACCUGAACCGCACCUGCUGCUGCAAUGCUCUGAAAGACAAUUUCACCCACUGCACAGCUUCCAGGAUGCCAGACACCACUGCAGAUCCCAGUGAGCAGCCAGGUCAGGCUGGUUCGUGUUCCCCUCUUGGGGACAGCAGCAUUCUCAGGUAAAUUCUUGAGUGGUAGCCCUGACCCAAGUGGUCAUGUAGGGGGAUCAGAAUGAGGUAGCUAAAUGGUUGUGUUGUAGUGAAUGCCUUUCCUGCUCCUGGAUUUGGUGAAACUGCAUUGCCAGCCCCUGGUGCUUACACAGAGCUACAGCCCACUCAGUUCCUCUGCAGACACAGGUGGGGUGUUUCUUCUCCUACGAGAUAGGCCUCUUGAAGACUCUGGUUUUUAAGAAAUGCACACAGGUACAGAAUACACAAGCUUGCGUUAAAAGGGUUCAUAGACUCUUGGCUUAAGAAAGCCAAGCCCGAGACACAAUGGAAUUUUGGUCUCUUUCCUUCAGAAUAUCCCUUGGUCAUUUUUAGAAAAUGUAGAUUAUAUCAAAAGCCAUUUCAUAUAUUUUAUUCCAAACAAAAGCUGACCAUUAAAUCCACAAUUUAAUAGUUGAGAUUGUUAGAUUUAGCACCUGACAUUGUUGUACUGGGAGAGUUUUGGGAUUUUGUGUGCUUAUACUCUUGUAGAUGUUUUAAAAAUAUAUGCAUAUGAACCAACAAGAA